UUCUGAACUUUGAAACUGUCGAGCUAUCCCACCACGGGCUAAAUUUCGAGUUGAGGCUGAGUGUGGACCUGAUCUGAGUGGUCGGGCUGGGAGGAAACCAUCCCUGGUCCCACGGCAACCCGUAGACCGUGCCAGUAAUCAUCCAGCAUGGCCCAUUCCCAUUUCCGUCGCUUGCGCGAUUUGGGUCGUAGUAACCCGGAUGCGUUGCACGACUUUCCGCAGAGCGUGACUUUUGGCUUGUACGAUCAGGACGAGAUCCGGUCUUUGAGCGCCUGCGCCAUCACCUCACCCGUCAGUUUCAACGCCCUGGCUCAUCCCGUCCCCGGUGGUUUGUAUGAUUUGCGGAUGGGCCCAUUUACGGAUCGAGCUGAUCAGAUCUGCGCCACGUGUCUUCUGACUUGCGAACAUUGUCCGGGUCAUAUUGGGCACAUUGAGUUGCCCUUGCCCGUGUGCAACCCCCUAUUCUACUCAACCAUCCUCCAGACCCUCAAGUUAUCUUGCGUCGCCUGUCACAAGUUCAGUGUAGCCGACUAUGUCAAGGAGUUGUUCCUGGUCCGACAAAAGCUCUUGGCGCAAGGACUCAUCAUCGCGGCGCAAAAAGCCUCCGAAGUGGGUGUGAUCCACGAGGAGGACUUCUCCCAAGUGGAUGACAAACCUCGACGUAAAGCCAAGGUCGAUCGUGCCGCCACCGAAGCCGUAGUCCAUAAACUUCGUGACUUUUUCGACGACGAACUCGUCCAAUCCAAAGCCAUGAUCACGCUUCAAGAUAAGAGCACCCGGAGCGUUGAGGACUUGCAGAAGCAAUAUCGCAAGGCAUUCCUCAAAUCUCAAGCCGGAGGUCGAAAGCGAUGCCCGCAUUGCUCGGCCAUGACCUUCAGGAUCGUUCAUUACAAAUCUCGGUUCAUCUUUGAAGGCUUUAAAAGGGUUGGAGAAGAAGAAGAGGGGGUCCCUGCUGCCAAGGUCAAGAAAGGCUCGGGUGAGAAGGAAAAGACCGAGUUGAAUGCUGAGGAGCUCAAGAGGCAUUUCCGUGAGCUCUGGAUUCAUGAUUCCGAAGUGUUGUCCUAUCUGUAUCCCAUGUUGCGCACCAGCACUGCCAAAUAUCCUACGGACGUGUUUUUCGUGGACGUGUUGGCGGUGCCUCCCCCCAAAUCCCGGCCCUGUCAAUUCAUGGGCGGCUCGCUCAAUAUUCACCCGCAGAGUACGGGUUUGCAGUAUGUGGUGGAAUCCGUGACGGUCAUGAAGCAGGUGCUGCAAUUGUUACGGGGACAGGACUUGGAAUCCCUGAGUGCGGAGACCAAGGACAUGAUCAAAUCAAUCCGAGGGGUGUCCUUGGAACUGAAAUUGGACAGUGUCUGGAAAGAGCUGCAGGGUUGCGUGGAUCACGUUUUGGACAAGGAGAUGAAGUCCGGCUCCAUGCAAAAAGUGGGUUGGGGCUUCAAGCAAUUGAUCGAACGGAAAGAGGGCAUCUUCCGCAUGCACAUGAUGGGCAAGCGGGUCAAUUAUGCGGCUCGAACCGUCAUCACACCUGAUCCCAAUAUCUGCAUCGACGAGAUCGGAUUGCCGGAGGUGUUUGCCAAGCAACUCACCUACAAAGUGCCCGUCACCCAUUGGAAUGUGGAGGAGCUCCGGGACAUGGUGGUCAAUGGACCGGAUGUCCACCCCGGAGCCGUGUUUGUGGAGAACGAGAAUGGCUAUCGGAAGGUCAUCGAUCCCACCAAUAAGGUUCAACGUGAGGCCUUGGCCAAGACGCUUCUGACGCCCGGAAGUCACGGUGAAGAGGCCACCAAAUAUGUCUAUCGGCAUCUCAUCAACGGGGAUGCCAUGCUGCUCAAUCGACAACCUACGCUUCACAAACCCAGUAUCAUGUCACACCGUGCUCGAGUCUUGAAAGGCGAAAAAGUGAUGCGUCUUCACUACGCCAUUUGCAAAUCCUACAACGCCGAUUUCGACGGUGACGAGAUGAAUGCUCAUUUCCCGCAAAAUGAAGUGGCUCGGGCCGAGGCCUAUGAGAUCGCCAAUGUGUGCAAGCAGUACCUCGUACCCAAGGAUGGCACGCCUCUACAAGGUCUCAUCCAGGAUCACAUCAUCGCUGGCGUCAAGAUGACCAUACGUGGACGAUUCUUCAAUCGUGCCGACUACAUGCAACACGUGUUCAGCGCUUUGGUGGAUCAUCCCGGGAAGAUCAAAACUCUACCCCCGACCAUCAUCAAACCUGAACAGUUGUGGUCUGGCAAGCAGAUCGUUUCCACGAUCAUUUUGAAUCUGGUGCCCAAAGACAAGGCUCCUCCUACAUUGUUGUCUAGUGCCAAAAUCAAGACCAAUGAGUGGUCCAAGGUCAAGGCCAGACCUUGGACCGCGGGUGGGCCCUUGCCCGACAAUAAGACCGAUGACAACACAACCAUGUCGGAAUCAGAGGUCAUCUUUCGACAAGGAGAAUUUCUUUCGGGAAUCUUGGACAAGAACCAGUAUGGAACAACCCAAUACAGUUUGGUCCACGUGUUCUUCGAGUUGUACGGAGGAACCUACUCUGGCAAGUUGCUCUCGGCCUUCUCCAAGAUCUUCACCAAUUUCCUCCAUACCGAAGGCUUCACCUUGGGUGUACGGGAUAUCCUCGUCACGAGCCAAGCCAAUCAGAAGCGUGAAGCCAUCAUGGCCGCCACCAAAAAGAUGGGCAAUCAAAUGGCGGCCAAUGGCGUCAACCUCAAGUUCGAAGACCCGUCAGAGAUCGACGAGGAGGAGCUCAGAGCUAAACUAGAGCAAUACCACCGUGAGACCCGAGUCAUUCCCAAACGCCGACUUGAUAUUGACCGUGGCUUCAAGGACAAACUCGCUCCCGCAACCAAUGACAUCAAUGGCGCCUGCCUCCCCCGGGGUCUGAUCAAGAGGUUUCCGGACAAUAACCUCCAAUUGAUGGUACAAGCUGGAGCCAAGGGGUCCACCGUGAACACCAUGCAGAUCUCGUGUCUCUUGGGACAGAUCGAGUUGGAGGGCAAACGACCGCCCAUCAUGAUCUCGGGUAAAUCGUUGCCCAGUUUCAAGGCCUACGAUACCCAACCCCGUGCGGGUGGAUUCAUCGACGGGCGAUUCAUGAGCGGAAUCCGACCUCAAGAGUUCUUCUUCCAUUGUAUGGCUGGACGAGAAGGUCUCAUUGAUACUGCUGUGAAGACCAGUCGGUCCGGAUACCUCCAAAGAUGUCUCGUCAAACUACUCGAAGGUUUGGUUGUGAACUACGAUAUGACGGUGAGGGACAGCGACGGAUCCGUGGUCCAAUUCCAAUACGGAGAGGACUCCAUGGACGUGUGCAAGGCUCAGUACUUGAGAUCGGAUCAACUGGACUUCCUCCACAACAACAAGGCCUCCAUCCUCGAUCCCAAGGCCAUCGAUCUGGCCCAGAAAUACACCGAUGUGGACGAUCUGGACCAUGCCAAGCGAAAGAUGAUCAAAUGGAAGAUCAAACACGGUGCCAAAGACUAUCGGGACUCCGGAUUCCUCCGCUUUUGCCGCAAACGAGGAGGUGAACACCACGAGCUCGCCCAAAUCCAGUCGAAGUUCGGCCGAUCGAAGCUCGACGACUUCCUCUUGGACGAAUGGCGGUCCAUGAGUGACGAAGAGCGACGACCCUAUCACAAAAAGGCCCCCAUCUGUCCGGACCCGGUGGUCCACGGAUACCGACCCGAUUCCAAUUUCGGCUCCGUCACCGAAGCCUUGGAUGACAUGAUCGAGACCUACUUGAGUAAGAAGGACUCGACGCGUUUCGACACGGUCCAAUUCCGGGAUAUGAUGUACUUGAAAGCCAUGCACGCUAUGGUGGAACCGGGCGAGCCCGUGGGCGUGCUCGCCGCUCAGUCCGUGGGCGAGCCGUCCACUCAGAUGACCCUGAAUACUUUCCAUUUCGCUGGACGAGGAGAGAUGAACGUCACUUUGGGAAUCCCGAGAUUGAGAGAAAUUCUCAUGGUUGCCUCUGCCAAUAUCAAAACUCCGAGCAUGACCAUCCCCUUUCAUUCGGAGGUAUCAGACAAGCAACGCGAUGCUCUCCGUAUCAGUCUGAACCGUGUCACGCUCAAGGACGUCUUGGAGAACGUUCAUGUCACGGAAAGCAUCAAACUCCAGGGCAAGCGACAACGCAUUAUCACCCUCCGGUUCGAGUUCCUACCUCGUAAAGCCUACAAGGACCGAUUCUUGACCACUCCCAACAAGAUCCUGGCCUACUUUGAGCGGAAAUUCGUGUUCAAGGUGUUCAUGCCCGUGAUGACGGCCAUUAUCAAGGACAAGAAGAUCACGGUCGAGUCUGGCGCCGAAGCGCCCGGUUCCAAGGACAAGAAGAAUGAUGAUGUCGAGCGGAAUGUGGAUGCCUUGGAGAGAGAAGGUGUGGGCGAAGGACACGCCUCAUCGGAUGAGGAGGACCUGCCCGAUGAUGCAGAUGCCACCGAUGCCCGGAAGAAAUCUCGCCAAAUGGACGGUGACCAUGAAGAGGGCUUGAGUGAGGACGAGGAGCUCAUGGUCAAGUCCCUGGCCAAUGAGUUGGAUGACAUCCUCGAGGAUGAGGAUCCGGAUGGUGACUUGGCCUCCAAACCGAAUAGCAAUAGGUCUUUGCCCACCUUUCCGACCACAAUGGAUGCUGUGGAUGAUGGGUUUGAAGACAUGGCGGAAGAAUCGGAUGAGUCCAUGAUUAAAACCGAGGACUUGGAGGAGCUAAAUAUGGGCAAGGAUGAGGCCAUUAAGCGACGCAACUAUAUUCUCCAACAAUCCAAACCCACUGGCUUGGCAUCAGUGGUGAAUUAUUCAUACGAUACGGAAAAGGAGUUAUGGUGUCAGUUAACCUUAGCCUUUGAUAUCCAACGCAAGUCCAUGGACAUGUCCAACGUAGUAAAGAAGGCCGCCGAGAAGGCCAUCAUUCACGAGGUCAAGCACAUUUCCAGGGCGUUCCUGGUCAAGAACGACAAGAGUGAACCCUGUUUGACCACGGAGGGCGUGAACAUCGAGGCCAUGUUUGAACGAGAUCAUUUGCUGGACCUCAAACGAUUGGCUUGCAACAACAUCCAUGACAUGGCCAGGUAUUACGGGAUUGAAUCGGCCAAUCGCACCAUCGUCUCAGAGAUCGUGAACGUGUUCAAAGCUUACGGGAUUGUGGUCAACCCGCGUCAUCUGACCUUGAUCGCGGAUUACAUGACCUUUGAUGGGUCCUACAAGCCGUUUAACCGCAUCGGAAUCGAAAAUAACCCGUCGCCCUUGCAACAGAUGACCUUCGAAACGGCCAUCGGGUUUCUGAGACACGCCACUUUGAGCGGAAAGACGGACACUUUGGAUUCGCCCAGUUCGUGCAUUGUCGUGGGCAAGCCUUGUUUUGGGGGAACCAGCUCAUUCAAAUUGGUGCAAAACCUCAUGGCCGGGGUCAAAGAGCGGUCGUUUGCAGCCACUUAGUCUGAGAUGGGAAAUGUCUAGGUUGGAAAAUUAAACAUGGAACUUGCAACGGG